GUUGCGCCAGGAUCGUGUGGUGUUUUGUGUAUUGCGCUGUAUUUUUCAUCUUUUUGUGCAUUUUUACCGCUUUUUUGUAUAAAGGCUCCUUCAGCCAAAAUGAGAUAUCGAAAUUCGGUUCCAGUGUAGGAAUAUUCACUCUGCAGUCUGCACUCACAACCCCUAAUUGUAAUUGUAAUGAGACUAAAAAAGCAAGCUAAAGUAAACAGCCAACAGUGAUCUUGAUGUGAAUUUAUUACAUAAUCAGUAAUACGAGCUUUAGCACGACUAACAAACAACAAUGUAAAUGUAAAAUAUUAACUAAUACAUAACAUAGUAUUAGUAAAGCUGGUGUCACUUGACUAUUGUUCAGACUUCGGCGUAAUGAUGAUGAAGGAACCAGAAAAGCAAGAGAAGAAAGAAGGACCUAAAAGUAAAAUGAGUUCAAAUCUAAAACACAUCACAUGUGUAAUGCCAGGAUGUGGCAAAACCAAGGAGAAUUCUCCAGAAUCGUCUUUCUUUGACUUCCCAAAGGACCCUGCUCAGCUCAAUGCCUGGCGACAGCAUUGUACAAAUAAGAAGCUGCUUGCAAAUAAGCCACCAAAGCUUUGUUCAGCUCAUUUUGACAAGAAAGACAUCAUAGAAAAGCCCACUGGCGUUUCGCUGAGGACUGGCGCUCUUCCUCUUACAAAGGUCUACAUCAGCAUGGUUCAGCGUGACAAGGCAAAGCCGGUACAGGUGGCACGGAAGCAGAGCUCGUCUAAGAUGCCCGAGCCCGUCAAGAAGACGCCGGCUGAAUUCUAUCUGGACCUCGUUGUGGAGAAGCCCAAGCCGCCUGGAACAAACCGAAGCAACAGGCACAGCAGCGCAGGACCGCCGUUCGUUGCAGAACGGGAGGCAAACAAAGAAAACCGCGAAACCGUCGCGUCGCCGCCGCCGUCGCCACCCCUGUGCGACGAAGCCGUUACGUCGCCGCCGUCCUCACCGCCCGUAUGUGACGAAGGUCCGGGCUGGGACAGCGAGCCCGCGCCAACUCCGGCGCCCAGCACCCGACCCAAUGAGAUUCGUGUGGUGGUCAAUAAAAUGCCACCUGGGCAUUCUACUACAAAUCCAAGUGGAAGUCGUGUGCUUCCUGCUACUCCAGGCAAAAUUGACGUACCGAAUGAGGCAAAAUUAACUCUUCCGGAUGGCGCGCUCACCAAGUAUCUCAUCGAAUUGAGAGCUAAGCAGCUACAGAUUAACGAUCUGCAGAAGAACUACAACAGCUUGGUGGAGAAGGUUCAGUUCCGGAAUAACAACCCCGACUGGCCGAAGGACAUCCCAGAGCAGUCGCUUGAUGCCCCGAUCUUAACACUUCGUGACGGCCAGCACGAGCGUGACCCGCCACUGGAGAAGGUCAACCUGCUCAGUCCUGAGGUGCUGAUGCCACAGACGCCGAACAACGCCUGGCACGCGAUAGUUGGACUUCGCAAAGAGAUCCUCGACCUCCAGGUUGCGCUCAUGUACAGUCGCAUUCAGGUGAAGUAUCGUGAGCUGCGUCUGCAGGAGGUGACGGCGGAGCACAGGCGCUACAAAGUGGCCGUGCGUGCUAAACAGCGCAAAACAGACAGGGAGGAGCAGCAACGUGAAAAUCGCAUCAAACAGCUGGAGCGACGCUGUGACCUGACGAGCUCCAACUGUUCAGAGUGGCGGCUCAAAACGAAAAUGGCCGAGAAAACCGGAAUUAAGAAGAAGCGACGGAACGAAAUGCUGGUCAAGGGCCUGGAGCAGAUUUUCACGCCGAUGCAGCUGCGCGUCAUCCGCACGGGCUGCAAAGCGCGGUGGGCUGAGGAGGACAUCCGACGCGCCAUCGAACUGAAGAAGCUGGUGACGCGUCGCGGCUACGCCUUCAUCCGAAACACGAUGAAAAUCCCGCUGCCAUCGCCGAAGAUGAUGAAGCUUGGCGCCAGUCGAUUCGAAUCACUAAAGCAUGUCUAUGAACAGAUGGUGACAGCCAAUCUGCUGAAGUACAGCACCAAAAAGAAGCCGAAGGUGGUGAAGAAGGACGACCAUGCCUAUGAAGUAGAUCCUCGUGCCUUCGAGACGAAUCAGGACGAGCUUGAUGUCGAUCUUGGCAUCACCAACAGGAGGGCGCUGACCAGAGAAGCGCCCUCGGAGGACCCCGCGUCCUCGGCCCCCGCUCAGCGGAAGCCAGUCAAGCGCCGCAGGAAGCGUGUGACGGCCCAGCCUAGCAUGCCUAUUAUGGACACCAUGGAUGUCGAGUUUGAAGACAUGGGGGUGGUUGGACGAGCGUUCAACCCCGGCUCUACGGCAAGGGCGCCGAAGCGGUCCCGCACAGCCUGGUCCGAGACGCGUCCCAGCUGGGAGAGCAGUCGCAUCUGGGGAGACGAUCAGGUGCUGGGUGAGUACGAACAGACAAAUGUGGACCGGCGCCAACGGCCACAACCCACCUGGUCCGCCGAAACCGACGAAUUUCUCUAGCGGCGUGAAGGAGCGAGGGAGUGUUUUCGAACUGUGUGGUGGCUGUGAUCAGAAAGCGCGGGUAUGACCAGCGUUGACCUGCAAAUACGACCAUUUGGACACUCAUGCAUGUUAUGUCAUGUGUUGUACAUAGCGCUGUUCCAUCGAUGUGUAUGUGUAGUGUACAAUGUACAUGUCAUCUCGUGUAGAUUUAACAACGCAAAGUCAAAUCGCUGAAUAGUUCAAAGGCUGAUUGGGUUUAAAGCAUGGGCUGAAUCGGUGCGUAUUCAGAUAUCACGUUUGGGGCUUAAUGGAUAGUAACUAUGGUUAGACAUUUUUUCGGCUGCCGGCACUGAAUUUCAGCAUGGGCUCUGAGCUGGUGAAGUUAUGUUUUUUUUUGUGGCUUCGUUUGAUGUCAACGGUCUUGGUUUGAUAUGCCUGUCGCCACUCAUUGCCGGUUGUGGAUGUUCCGACAACCAGCCAUGUUAUUGCUUUGUUCGAAGGCAGAAAGUACCUUAUUGUGUGUGCGAUCAGUCUGGUGACGAUCAGAUAGUAUGCAAGCGCCAAGCACAACAUGUGUAGUGUGUACCUAAUAUAAAACUUAUACUGAAGAUUA